AUGCAACCGCCUUCCCGUUAUAGGACCGAGUCUAUGGACAUGGGUUCCGAUUGCUCAUUGGUAGUGGAGAUCUCAGGCGCAAUGAGCGAUAAGGACCGUGUAAUGUUUAGCAUCCAUACGAGGACGACACUACCUGAUUUCAAACAUGGUGAAUAUACCGUCAAGCGCGUUCAUGAAGAGUUCGUUUGGUUGCACGACUACUUGGUGGAGAACGAAGCCUACGCUGGCUAUAUUGUUCCCCCUGUUCCUCCAAAACCAGAUUUCGACGCUUCAAGAACCAAAUUGCAACGAUUGGGUGAGAACGAGGGUUCUCUGACGAAAGAGGAUUUACAAAAGAUGAAGGCGGAGCUUGAGGCUGAGUACCUGGCCACCUUCAAAAAAACGGUGGCUAUGCACGAAGUCUUCCUUCAGCGCCUGGCUUCCCACCCAAAGUUUCGUCUUGAUCACAAUUUCCGCGUCUUUCUUGAAUAUGAUGAGGAGCUGAGUGUACGCACCAAGACUCGUAAAGAAAAGGUUCGUUCUCGAGUAUUUAUUCCACUCUCUCUCUGUGUAACGGUAUCAGCCACGCCAUACAGUUGUCCAAUGGUGACAGUACCAAGCGAACUAGCCACUUCACGGCAGCUGUGA